AUGCUUUCGUGGGUCCUCGGCACUUUCCAGCCUCGGGAUGCGUACCAGCAGCUGCGCUUGCCGAGAGGCGUCCGGGGGUGCCCGGAUGGUUCCCGACGGCCGCCAGAGACCCGCGAGCCAGGCGACGAAGACACAUUUGCGGGGGAUAGGCUCCGGGGGGGGGGAUGCAUCGACCCUCGGUCGCCCAUAGCACGCCGACGGGAGCCCGAUAGCUCGCGCCGCCCAGGAUCCUGGGGUUUCGCUAUCGGGGCCCAGUGCGGAUCUCUCCGAGAUGUGUCGCCGAGUCCAGGUCGAUGUUAUCCCCCUGCCGGUGAGCCAGGCCCCCGCCCUCGUUACCCCUCAGCCCAGGAACGUGGGGCUUCGCUGUCGGGGCCUAGUGCGGAUCUCUCCGCGAUGUGUCGCCGAGCCCAGAUCGACGUCGCCCCCCCCGGUGAGCCAGGCCCCCACUCGUUGCCCCUCAGCCCAGGAACAUGGGGCUCCAUUGUCGGGGCCUGGUGCGGAUCUCUCCGCGAUGUGCCGCCGAGUCCAGGUCGAUGUCCCCCCUCCCCUGGUGAGCCAGGCCCCACUCUCGUUGCCCCUCACGUUGCGCAUCACGGGGCGCGGGCACGCGCGAGGUGCCUCCAGGCAUCCAGGGGCGGGGUCCCUGUGGGCCGCCCCGGCUCGAGCCGUGGCCCUUCGCAGAGCCCCGAGCGCUCCCAGGAGCCCGCGCGGGCCUCCCGACCGCGCCCACGGAUGGUCGCCGCGGGAAGCAGCCACACGGUGCUGCUCAGGAGCGACGGCACGGCCGUGGCCUUCGGCGCGAAUCGCUACGACCAGUGCCACGUGCCCGCGUUGGACGGUGGCCUGAGCUACACGCAGGUCGCCGCGGGAUACAGCCACACGGUGCUGCUCAGGAGCGACGGCACGGCCGUGGCCUUCGGCGGGAAUCCUCAAGGCCAGUGCAACGUGCCGGCGCUGGACGGUGGCCUGAGCUACACGCAGGUCGCCGCGGGAUACAUCCACACGGUGUUGCUCAGGAGCGACGGCACGGCCGUGGCCUUCGGCGCGAAUGGCUACGACCGGUGCAACGUGCCGGCGCUGGACGGUGGCCUGAGCUACACGCAGGCCGCCGCGGGAUACAGCCACACGGUGCUGCUCAGGAGCGACGGCACGUGCCACGUGCCGGCGCUGGACGGAGCGCUGACGUACACCGCGCGCGUGCUCGUCGGCGCGACGCUGCUCCUGCAGGCGUCGCUCGACGGCGGCGCGGUGCGCUUCCUGACCCUGGGCGGGGUGGAGCGCUGCCGGGUGCGGGUGGCGCCCGGUGCGCCGCUCGCUGGCGUGCGCGACUGGCUGGCGGGCGAGCUGGGCGCGGGCAGGCUGGGCCCCGGGCUCGGCCGCGCCGACGCGGCCCUGCCAGGCGGACGGCUCCUGAGCGGGGCCUCGGCGGGCGAGACCGUCGCGGACGCCUUCGGGUUGUAG